AUGGGGGAAGGUGGUGCGGGUCAAGAGGGGGAGAGGAUUGCGGAAGGUGGCACGGGUCCAGAGGGAGGAUGGAGUAGGAAUGACGGAUCGGGUACAGAGGGGGAAGCAGGUGGGGAUGGUGGCGCAGGUGGGGAUGGCGGCGCGGGUGCAGAGGAGGGAGGAAGUGGGAAUGAUGGAUCGGGUGUAGAGGGGGAAGAGGGUGGGUAUGAUGAGAGGGGUCCGAAGGGGAAGCGGGUGGGGAUAGUGCAGCCAAUAGGGAAGCGAGUGGGGCCUGUUCGGCGGGUGCAGAGAGGGAAGGGCGUGGGGAUGGUGCUGUGGGUCCGGAAGAUGAAGUCGGUGAAGAUGGAGUUGAUUUUGUCUUGA